AUGCCUCCCCCUUUCCGAUCCCUUGCCCGGUCCUCAGCAUCAACUUCUCUUGGGCAGUGCCCUCCCUGUUUUCCUCUCCCUUUCCCCCUGUCCUCCUCUCCCUUUCCCCCUGUCCUCCUCUCCCUUUCCCCCUGUCCUCCUCUCCCUUUCCCCCUGUCCUCCUCUCCAUUUCCCCCUGUCCUCCUCUCCCUUUCCCCCUGUCCUCCUCUCCCUUUCCCCCUGUCCUCCUCUCCCUUUCCCCCUGUCCUCCUCUCCCUUUCCCCCUGUCCUCCUCUCCAUUUCCCCCUGUCCUCCUCUCCCUUUCCCCCUGUCCUCCUCUCCCUUUCCCCCUGUCCUCCUCUCCAUUUCCCCCUGUCCUCCUCUCCCUUUCCCCCUGUCCUCCUCUCCCUUUCCCCCAGUCCUCCUCUCCCUUUCCCCCUGUCCUUCUCUCCCUUUCCCCCUGUCCUCUCCCUUUCCCCCUGUCCUCCUCUCCCUUUCCCCCUGUCCUCCUCUCCCUUUCCCCCUGUCCUCCUCUCCCUUUCCCCCUGUCCUCCUCUCCAUUUCCCCCUGUCCUCCUCUCCCUUUCCCCCUGUCCUCCUCUCCCUUUCCCCCUGUCCUCCUCUCCCUUUCCCCCUGUCCUCCUCUCCCUUUCCCCCUGUCCUCCUCUCCCUUUCCCCCUGUCCUCCUCUCCCUUUACCCCUGUCCUCCUCUCCCUUUCCCCCUGUCCUUCUCUCCCUUUCCCCCUGUCCUCCUCUCCCUUUCCCCCUGUCCUCCUCUCCCUUUCCCCCUGUCCUCCUCUCCCUUUCCCCCUGUCCUCCUCUCCCUUUCCCCCUGUCCUCCUCUCCCUUUCCCCCUGUCCUCCUCUCCCUUUCCCCCUGUCCUCCUCUCCCUUUCCCCCUGUCCUCCUCUCCCUUUCCCCCUGUCCUCCUCUCCCUUUACCCCUGUCCUCCUCUCCCUUUCCCCCUGUCCUUCUCUCCCUUUCCCCCUGUCCUCCUCUCCCUUUCCCCCUGUCCUCCUCUCCCUUUCCCCCUGUCCUCCUCUCCCUUUCCCCCUGUCCUCCUCUCCCUUUCCCCCUGUCCUCCUCUCCCUUUCCCCCUGUCCUCCUCUCCCUUUCCCCCUGUCCUCCUCUCCCUUUCCCCCUGUCCUCCUCUCCCUUUCCCCCUGUCCUCCUCUCCCUUUCCCCCUGUCCUCCUCUCCCUUUCCCCCUGUCCUCCUCUCCCUUUCCCCCUGUCCUCCUCUCCCUUUCCCCCUGUCCUCCUCUCCCUUUCCCCCUGUCCUCCUCUCCCUUUCCCCCAGUCCUCCUCUCCAUUUCCCCCUGUCCUUCUCUCCCUUUCCCCCUGUCCUUCCCUCCCACCUUUCCUCCCCCUCUCUCACAUCCCUUCCCUUUCCUACUAUCCUCUCCCACCAUUCACGCUUCUCUCAGCCAUCCCUUUCCCCCCUCCCCUGCCCCUCGCCUUUCCCCACUACCGUCCCUUCCCUUUCCACGACGUUCUCUCGUUCGCGACAUUCGCCUUGGAUGUUUUCAUCGCAACACAACUUACACACUCGCUAGCCAAUUGA